AUGAUAUCAUUACUAUUACGUAAAAGAAACGAGCAGAACGGUUAUGUGCUCCAGAAAAAGAGAAUUUUCAUCAUUGAUGAAAGGGUUUGGCAGAUUUUGGAGGCUUGCAGUAGUGAUGACGAAGAUAAUCUGUUACUGAAUGAAGAAGAUAAAAAUUUUCUUGAAGGAGAUAUGGAAGGUGAAAGAGAACAUGUUGUUAUAGAAGAUCCUGAAAAAGAAAUGCAAUUUAAAUGGUCCAGAACUUACCAACCAAGACAGUUCAGUGAUAACAUGAAUCUUGACUUUGGGAAAGUGCUUUUCUUUAGUGUCAGUGAAAAUUGUGAAAUGCGACAACCAUUUGUAAUUUUUUCUUCCACUAUUGGCCUAAAAUAUUUGGUGCAUAAUAUAUUAAUUCCUGAAAGUACUCGGCAUGCAGAACAAUCAGGCAACGCAUUCAGCACAAAUGAAGAUGAAAUCAAGGCAUUUAUUGGUAUGAACCUGGUAAUGGGGUACCAUAUUUUGCCUCCAUUUAGAAGUUACUGGGCAACUGAACCCGAUUUAGGUGUUCCUUAUAUAGCUCAGAUUAUGCCACUACAUCGGUUUGAAGAGAUUCGAAAGUACUUACAUUUUUCCAACAAUGCAGAUCAGUCAAUAAAGGAAUACCGCACAUACAAAGUGAGACCUGUAAUUACCCAUUUGAAUCAAACCUUCCAGGAAUCUCUUAGUGCAACUAGGGCUCAAACUGUAGAUGAGCAUAUGAUCAGAUUCAAAGGACAUAAUAUUAUGCGACAGUAUGUCAAAAAUAAUCCAGUCAAAUGGAGUUUCAAAAUGUGUUGGAGAUCAGAUUCGGAAACUGGCUACCUAUUUGAAUGUCCUGAAGUAGGGCUUGGUGAGUCAGUAGUUCUGCAACUGACAAAAUCACUAUCCGGACUGGGAUGUGAAAUUUACAUAGAUAACUUUUUUAACUCUCCAGCUUUGCAGUAUUACCUUGGUUUAGAAAAUAUCAGAUCAUGUGGAACAGUGUGCACCAAUCGUAAAAACAUCCCAUAG